AACUCAAACGACAAACACGCACACUUCUCUUCUCCCCCAAAUUUCUCAUACAUAAAAAUAUGAAAUUGGGGCAAAAUUCUUCAAAAUUGAAUCUCUGGUUUUGAUCUAAUUUCGGUUACUUUUGUCAAAAUCCCACCAUGUCAACGGAGGAGCCACCGUUCUCCACCUCGGCCUUGUCAGCGCUUGAUAAACCACUUCAUCAGCUGACUGAAGACGACAUUUCUCAGCUCACUCGCGAAGACUGCCGCCGGUAUCUCAAGCAAAAAGGGAUGAGACGGCCGUCGUGGAACAAAUCGCAGGCGAUCCAGCAAGUAAUUAUGCUAAAAGCGUUGCUUGAACCGGCACCGGAAUCCGGAGAUGGUAGCCGGAAGCUCUACAUUACUUCACGGCAACAACAAACCCCAACCACUCGUGUCCAAAAUGGAACAAGUGCGGAUACGGAGAUCUCUCUUUCAGCGGAAGAAUCAGUUCCAGGUCACCGCAAUGAUACAGAGAAGUCUGAUUUUUUGGGUGAUAAUGAUUCUACUCCUCCUGGGAUUGGUGGUGUGAUAGAAGAGGCAAAAGGACAGAUGACAAUAUUUUAUAGUGGGAAGGUGAAUGUGUAUGAUGAUAUCCCAGUUGAUAAGGCACGUGCGUUAUUGCAGCUUGCUGCAAGCCCUCUUCAGUUUCCUCAUGAAGAUCCAGUUGAUGGAAACAUGUUGCAACAACCUCCAAACAUCAAUCUGCCAAUCUUGCAAACAGUGAGAAUGAGUGAUAACUAUCGAUUGCACAAAGAGGAAAGCAGCAUAUCGCGUGAAGAAAUCUCUGGUGAAGGUUCGGCAAGCAGAAAAGCAUCGGUUCAAAGAUAUCUAGAGAAGCGGAAAGAUAGGUUUAAGAGCAAGAGAAAAGGAGGAGCAUGCAGUGGUGGAACGUUUGAUGUUUACAUAAACAGUCAACAGAUUAAUGAGCAGUCAAGCAGGAGCACCACCUGCUCACCACCUCCGGUCAGACCACCCAACACCCCUAACCGCUUUAGCUAAAUUCAAAGCCACCUAUGCAGACCACAACUCUCUCUGCCAUCCUUGCUGACCAAAGGCUGUUUUUCCUUUGAAGAUGACGAAGGAUGUGAUGUGAGGACUUUAAGAAUUCAUUAAAGGUAAAUAUAGUCAACUUAAUUAAGAUAUGGUAGAGGCAUGAAGUAGAAUGGAGAUUAAUUUGUAGUUUGAAGCUUUUAAAAGAUGUUAGGAUUUUGAGGUGCUUGCUAGUCUUGUUGUUGUAUGUUGUUAUGUUCAUGGGGCAAUGGUUUUGUAAGAAUGAAUGUUGGUGGUUGCUUAAGGCGUUUAAAAACUUGAGAGUUGGAGAGUUU